CUUUACUUUUGUUUGCAUGUAACUAAAGGACGUGGAGUGGUCAGACAAACAUUAUGUGAUGCUCUGCAGAGAAGUGUUAAUUAUAAAGCCCUAUUAACAUCCGCAUAGAAGCAAGAAAAGAGGGUAUGUAUGGAACCAUAUAGCUAUAAACCUGAAUGGCUUUGAUCAUCCGAAAUUCCAAGUCAAUGAAAGAUCCACAAGAGACAGACUGACCUUGUUAAUUACCAAGAAUAAAACGGAUAUGCGCCAAGAGGAAAAUGCCUCUGGAAUCGCUUGCGAAGAGACUGAACUAGACCAAGCUCUCAAAGAGAUAAUUGAUAAGGAGAAGUUAGCCAACGAAAAAGGCUCCGAAGCAAAGAAAAAAGAAAAGGAAAUAAUACUCUGACAUAUCUCGAGUAAAACUGAACACAAUGUGACCAAACACCUGUAUCUGUGUUCUGCUACUCAUAAUACACCCUUAAAAUGACCGACUUUAAGUGAAGAGUUUAAAAUUUAGAUACAAAAUGCAAUCUUUCAUAAUAGAUACUGUCUUUUAGGUAUAUUUAUACCUGGAAAAUGAAAGUACAUCCAUAGUGAAAGUGCUUACGUGGCAAACUCCAGCCUUAGUAAAUUUUUAUAUACUCAGCGUUUUCCGCGAACUCAGUGCAGUUCAUAUCCAUUUUUCCUACCUUUGAUGCUCAGUCGAGUGAGAAGGGAAAAGUUUCGAGACAAUGGCCACUUUGUUUUCUUAAUCCUAACAGCCUCGGGGUGGCUGAAAGUGGUUUCAGUCGUUCUAAACCUGUCAAAUUAUAACCGAACGACACACACCAAAAGCCACACACUGCAUAAGGGCAAAUAGUCUGUGAGGGAAAUAGCACUUAGGACUAUAUGAAGGUCUUGCAUACACUGGUAGAGAAUAAUUUUGCUUACUUUGUUAAACACGUGGUCAAUUCUCAAAAGCCCUUCAGGCCACUUCGCUUGAAAGCACAUGCAGCUUACGACACGAACCAACUCAUGAAACAUAACUAAAUGUUUUUGUCUGUAAUUGAAUAGUAUGGCGGUCUGUAUUUAAAGUCUGAAUUUUAAUGAACACAGGCAGGUUUAACAACUAUGACAAUAACUCUUAGAAAAAUAACUAGUGACAAAAACAUAUAUCCAUUCAUAUCUCGAUGUUUCUACACCUCUGAAUUCGCAGGAACUAGAUUUAAAAUGGACGAUCCGUUCUAGAUAAAGUGUGCCCCUUACUAGCCUCUCUAUACAGUGCAUGUAUGAAAAGCAGAAGAAGAAGCUAUCACGUCACUAAACUCUUCCAAGUUCUGCGGAUCAUAGCAAACUGUAUUCAUGAAUAAAACUGACAGUCUCUCGAGUCAACAGAAGCCUGCAGAGAAACAAAUGAUCGGAAGCUCAUUUUCGAUUCGGGUUUUUGCCUGAGGGUUUUUCUAUUUAACAGUUACACAAAGGAAUUGAAUGCUCAUUGAAAUGUCGUAAUUCGUAAUGCAUAUCAGAAUUAAGUAUUAGGACCUGCUAUUUCUUGAUUAAGAAAAAAGACGCGUGCGAGCGAACACCGUAUAAACGGAAAAUAAAGGCGUCCUAUCAAGCUUUUUCUUCUAUCGUUCCAAGCACCUCGCAGGCUCACCCAUAAGAGUUGCUUACUGUCUAACAGUUUUCUGUCGUCGCAUUUAGUUUUUAGAAGUUCUCUGCGUAAAGGGCAUUUUACAUGGAUGACCUUUCAUUCAUCAAAGCGCCCUUGCACAACUUUCAAGAGAGUAAAUGUAGUCCAGGAAGCCAAUGGAACCAGAUUUGCCCCUGCAACAAAAAUGUGCUUUUUCCAUCUUCUGCGCCAGACAGCCAUGACUGCGAUAUUCUGAAAGCGAGUCUCGAUGGCCAAGGAUACGCCGGUGAAAAACCAUUCAAUCACCAGCGCAACUGAGGUAUGAACAACAAAUUCCUGAAGCAGCUUUAAAAGUGGAAUGUUUUUUAAGUAAGUGAACUGAUACAAAUACAAGACGCCAUUAACAGACACAAUAGCAGUUGAUUCACAUAACAUGCUUAAAAUGGCAAUAUCUGCCAUUAAUCUCUCACGGCGAGGAGUGCGUAAACUUCCCCAAGGAGCUGAUCUUCUUUUUAAGAUCACAUGACAAAUAUGAUCAAUAAAGACCAUGGUGCUUCGUUCUAGAACUUCUACCGCGCCGUGUAUUAUUCCAAGAACAGCGAUGAAUGUGAGGUUAUGAAGUUCUGCCUGCAUUACUCGAAACAUGAUCGCUGAUCCAAAAUACAACGGCACUAGCAAGGUGUACGAGUAUCCUGGAUGAAUAAUUCUCGUCAUGCGCUGAGCGCAAAGUCUUAAGAUUACCUUAAAGAUAACUGCAAGAAGAGGUGAGAAGAGUGCAAUAAGGAGUUUACCAUGUUCAGUUUGCUUUUGGUACAUUGGAUAAAUAAACGAUUUUAUAAAGAAGCCAGUAGAGACGGUGAAGAAGUAGGGUGUUGUCAAUUUUAUAAAUAAACUCGUUCUACUCGACAGGUUCCGGAAGUGAUUUGUUAGAAGAUGAACUGGCCAGCAUAUGCUCAUUAGAAAUAAAACGUUGAGAGUAAUCCUCUGAAUCACAGAAAUAUGAGAUAUUCCAAGGGCUCGAAGGACAACACGAUACACUACAUCCACACAGAAAAGGAAAAAAGCAGCAAGAAAGAGUUUUCUUUUCACACCCUUUAACUGAUACGGUCGAAAAAGAAAAAGCAUUCCUACAAAGAACCACAUAUAAUAAAAAGUAACACUUAUUAAGUCUAACAAUGUUCUGAUCCACUGUGUUUUAACUGAGAUUCUCUCCUUCGAGUGAAAUUUCCAGUGCCUCAUCGGUUCGGAUGAGACGUAGGAGAUCAUGGUAUAAAAAAGGCCGAGGAUAACAGCGGUUAGAAGUGAAAUCAAUGCGCCGAUGUACAUUGAUUGACAAACUGUGCGAAGAACAGAUGGUCUGAAUCGCUUCCAAGCCAUUUCAUCAUCUUCAUCUUCAUCUUCCUGUUCGUCUUCACUCUCUUCUGGUGAGCUUGCAUUGAUGAUCCGAUAUCUAACUCGAGAGUUCCCUACUGACAAGAAAUAAUAAUCGUUGUCCGAUGGCGGUGAAUAUUCCUGAUAAAUAGGUUUAUCAACGGGCUGACAAUUCCACUCUCGACCCUCAGUGCUUAAGCUAUCGUCAUAUCCAAAGAUCUCCACUUCAGGCUCAUCGGUGUCGUAAUGCUCUGUCACGCCGCGUGUGAAGCUGAAUAAAAUACGGGCUAAAACUUCAACCAGAAAACUGUUAUUCAUUAUCCGCGUUAGAGAGUUUCGAGUGAACACUUGAGAUCUUCGAUACCGAACGAAUGUGUUUCGAAUAAGCUCCAGGUUUUUUAUUAUAAUGUUUUGAAAGUGGAAAUGCUAACAAAGGAGAAACAAUUCUCCGACCAUCUGCAUGUUAGCGAAAGUAUUGAUUAUUCCACUUUUUUACUGAAUAUUGAAGAAAAAAAAAUGUUGACGAUUAAUAUCAUUAAUUUAUAAAUUUCCAUCGUUUGAAUUUUUAAACAAAUGCUGUACUCAUCGCUAUAUUAGGCGUGACGUAAAAUUUUGUUUUCUCCGCGGUUUAGCCCAUUGUUCUUGAAUAUCCAUCGCUGAUUGUAGCUCUGAAAGUGAAAUUACUACACCGAAUCAGUUCUACGUCAAUUUUAAGCCGAGUAGGUUGUCCUUAAGGCAAACACAUCUUCGAUGACUUCAAGAUACGUUCCCUAAGUAUCAGUGUCGUAAAAUGUCUCUUCCAAUUUCUUUCACCAUCAUGGAACUUCGCUUCAAAUAGAUACGUGCCGUUUGUCCACGAUUGAAAACGGUUAGAGAGUUUUUGCCAAAUAGGUUCGAAAGCCAAAUGAUAUCAAAUGACCGUGACUCUUUUGCAUGGAUGAAAAACUUCCUUAGCAGAAACACCGUGUCGAAAAUAGGCUUUCGGUUAAUAUUUUGAAGCGAAUGAAAUAGCUCUUACCAACCGAGUUGGAGGUCCGUACUUAUAUAUAAGCUAUGGAACAAUUUUUUUCUGCUCGGAUUUAUAGAUCAAGCUUGAGGCUUACGUAAAAGAACUGAACGCUUGUAAAUUAAUCGCAUGGAACUGUUUAAUUGCCGUAGAAGAUUAGAAAAGUAUGAGCAAACGCAGACAUUAUUUAUUGAGGAUGCGAAGUCCUGUCAUUCUAUACGCGCAUGAAAGGAUACUUUGACAUAUCAAGUGGUUACUUUUUGAACAAAAUUGAAAGAAUUCUGAUGGGGGAGGGAGGCUUAAUGGGCUCUAUGCAUUUUAAAAUGUUCGCUACACUCGCUCAAUCAGUACUGGAUAUCGAUUCACGAUGCACCUGAAAUCAGGAAGAAUAAAAUAAUUUAUUCGACACAUUACGAAAGGUAACGAUGAUCAUUGGAAAAAACUUAAGGCAGCUUAUUUAGAAAUAAUAAAUGAACAUUGGGAAGCUACAGUUAAGUUGACCGAUCUUCGUUAUUUUGACUUACUCCGUAAAUGUUGACCGAACAUCACUGAAGCAGCGAAAUCUAGGAACUCCAGAAGUUCUUACCCUAAAAUGCAAUGGAAGCUUUUUCAAUCCGCCCCCAAGAUUCCAGCAACAAUUUUCCUAACUGUCUACUAUUUACUUCAAUUAACCUUUCAGCUCUGACAAUUUUUUGUCGAAUCAAACAAUUUCCUUCAUUAUAAUGCUUUAAAUUAUUGACUGAAAUUAUAUGUCAACGAGCUGAAGUAUUCAUUCGACCACUAUCGUACGCGGACAAUGAAUAAUAGUUUGCUGAUUGAAGUUGUUGCCUGUGUUUCAUUCAGCUUCACACAAGGCGUGACAGAGCAUUACGACCCUGAUGAGCCUGAAGUGGAGAUCUUUGGAUAUAACGAUAGCUUAAGCAGUGAGGGUAGGUCGAGAGUGGAAUUGUCAGCCUGUUGAUAAACCUAUUCAUCAGGAAUAGUCACCGCCAUCGAACGACAAUUACGAUCUCUUGUCAGUCGGUAAUUCUCGAGUUAGAUUUUGGGUCAUUAACGCAAGCUCACCGGUGUCAAAAUGGCUUGGAAACGAUUCAGACCGUCCGUUCUUCACACAGUUUGUCAAUCAAUGUACAUCGGCGCAUUAAUUUCACUUUUAACUCCAGCCUUCAUUGGCCUUUUAUACGUCAUAAUCUCUUACGUCCCUUACGAUACAUGUGGUCUUUUUGUAGGAAUGCCUUUUCUUUUUCGACCGUAUCAGUUAAAGAGCGUGAAAAGAAAACUCAUUCUUGUUGCUUUUGUCCUUUCCUGCGUGGAUACAGUGUAUCGUGUUGUCCUUCAAGUCUUUCGACUAUCUAAUUCUCAACUUUCUGUUUUUCAGAAGAUUCCUCUCAACAUUAUAUCUCUAAGAAGCAUAUGUUGGCAAGUUUAUCUUCUAACAAAUCACUUCUGGAAACUGUCGAGUAGAGCGACUUUAUUCAUAAAAUUGACGACACCCUAUUGCUUCACUUUCUCAUGAGAUUCUUAAAAGUAAUCUACUGAACUUCACACCUGAAUAUAAUUUCUGAUGCACUCAUGCAAGAAUUCCACGCAGUGAACCAACCCCUGCUUUAGAGUUUAAGGCUCGAAAAGAAUUUUUAAUAGUGACUUUCAAUAUUCCGGCAAAAAUAGACUUAAACCAAUCUAUUCUAAAGUUUUAAAAAUAUUUGCUAGACAAUGUUAGAUGCAGUGUUAGUAAACUUUUGCCCUCUAAGUACAACUGCUGGUGCGCAACUGAAAAGUCCCCUACUUCAUCCUGAGGGGUGGGGUGAGGAUUGAGAAAAGAGGACGCACAAUUGGCUCUAAUGUCUCAUCUUCCAUUUUUAUUUACUUAAUGACUGAGUGGAGGAACCAGAAAGGAGAAUAUUUGACUCGAGAUCCUGACCGAGAGCCAAACAUUUUCCCGUCCUUAAUAUUAUGCGAAAACCUAAUAGGGUAAUUGUUUUAUUAUGCAUUUUUUUGAAACAAUCUGCCAUGGAAGACACUUCUCUAUGAGUUUACAAAAGUUUGAGAACACUUCACGGACGAGGGGCUUGGAAACUAGGCAUACUCAACAUGAUAACCUAAUAUCUGCUGGGUUAUCAUGUCAACUUCACACGCCUAUGUAUACUGUCUCUCAACCAAUCAUAGUUACUCUAAGGUAUAAUAUUCCUUAUCAUUUUGUUAAUGUCAGAGAAGCAAUGGUUGUUGUAUAUUAACAGAGAUUUACAUUGGUGAUAUAAAGUGGUCAGGUGGAAAACCUGCGGUUUGCCGUCCAGCAGUGAACGUGAGUAAAUUUACGGGUAUUUUUACCCAAAAUCCACUUUCGUGAAAGAAAUAUAAUCUCACUUACUUAUUUGAUUGUCAACGUAUUUGUUCUUGGUAUGUUUGUUCUAAAAACACCUGAAAUCGUUUGAUAUAUAUCGUUGUGGACAAGCACCAGCGAGCCGCGUUGAAAUUUCUUGUUUGUGUUUACUGGCUUUUUACCAAGCAAAUGAACAAGGUUAUGAACAUGUUUAAUCACAACCUGCUAUCCCCUUUUUCAUCUUUAAGCACUGAAGAUGUGAUUUGUCUGCAAAAGUUAUUAACAGUAUGCGUUUGGCUUUACUUUUGUUUGCAUGUAACUAAAAGGACGUGGAGUGGUCAGACAAACAUUUUGUGAUGCUCUGCAGAGAAGUGUUGAUUAUGAAGCCCUACUAACAUCCGUAUAGAAGCAAGGAAAGAGGGGAUUUAUGGAACCAUAUAGCUAUAAACCUGAAUGGCUUUGAUCAUCCGAAAUUCCAAGUCAAUAAAAGAUCCACAAGAGACAGACUGACCUUGUUAAUAACCAAGAAUAAAACGGAUAUGCGCCAAGAGGAAAAUGCCUCUAGAAUCGCUUGGGAAGAGACUGAACUAGACCAAGCUCUCAAAGAGAUAAUUGAUAAGGAGAAGUUAGUUAACGAAAAAGGCUCCGAAGCAAAGAAAAAAGAAAAGGAAGAAAAAGCAGCUGCAGAGGAACUCAGAAAAACAGCUAUGGAACGUUUAGGGCACACUCAAAAAAGGAAUUCAGAAGGCGAAAGCGACAGAGCCCAAGCAAAAAAGAGUAGAAGGAGAUCUUUUGAUGUCGUGCCUUAA